AUGGCGGGCUUUCCAGCCUCCCUGGACUCCUUUGGGCAGGUGCCUGGGCCCAGCGGUCUCUUGUUCUGCAUCCUCCUCCUCCUCCAGCCUGGGGAGCUGAACUCAGAGGAGCUCCAGGUGAUUGGCCCUGAGGCGUCCAUCCUGGCACAGGUCGGGGAAGAGGUGGAGUUCCAGUGCCACCUGCUCAGUUACCAGAGCACAGAGCACAUGGAGAUCCACUGGUUCCGGAGCCAGGUCUCAGAAGUGGUGUAACUGUUCCCGGAGCCACAGGAGCUCGCCGGGCAGCAGAUGAUGCAGUUCCGGAACAGGACCAAACUCUUCAAGGACGACCUCAUGGAUGGCAUGGUGAUCCUGCAGCUCUGCCACGUAAUGCCCGCUGACCAGGGCCCCUGCGGGUGCCACUUCCUCUCCAGCAGCUUCCCUGGGAAAGCUGUUUGGGAACUGGAGGUAGCAGGGAUGGGGUCAGACCCUCACAUCUCCCUUGAGGGCUUCAAGAAAGGAGGCAUUCAGAUGCGAUGCAGCUCCAGUGGCUGGUACCCCAAGCCCCAGGCUCAGUGGAGAGACCAUCAGGGACAGUGCCUGCCUCCUGAGUCCGAAGCCAUCACCCAGGACGCCCAGGGCCUGUUCAGUCUGCAAACAUGGGUGGUUGUCCAAGAGGGGGCGCACAGCAACGUGUCCUGCUCCAUCCAGAACCCCCUCCUCUCCCAGAAGAAAGAGUUCACAGUCCAAAUAGCAGACGUUUUUCUACCCGGGCCCUCCCCGUGGAAGGCAGCUUUCCUCGGGACCCUGGUGGGCGGCCUGCUGCUGCUGCUGGCUCUGCUCGCGAAGCUGACGCUGUGCUGCUUUCACCCGCAGCGGUGGUACCAAGAAAAGCUGAAGGAGCAAGCGGACAAGGACAAAGGGAAACUCACUGCAGAACUGGGGAAGCUGCAGGCAGAGCUCGACUGGAGAAGGGCUGAAGGCCAGGCAGAGUGGAGAGCAGCCCAACAACAUGCAGGUAACUGA